UUAAUAUAAGAAUGUUUAUGUGCAACUUGUGUUUUUGUAAAUUUUCCCAUGCAGUUGUAUUUGCAUGACCAAGCAUAUGGUAAGGACAUUUAUAAAUAAAAUAUUUAGCCGGUAGUUAAAAGGGGGAAAAACCCCGUAAGUUUAAAAACCACACUUGUGUGAUCAGACAGUAUAUGAUGCCCAGUUUCUUUCUUUAAAAUUAGUUUCGAAGUACUCCUCUCUCUCUUAUGGUCAUGUCUCCACAAAGUACUCUGCCCAGCUCCCAGGCAGUUGUGGCUUUUGUGGAUUCUACAGUGUGCUGCUUCAGGCCAUGACAUUAUGUUUUCAGAAACUUUCCUCCUUAUAAAUUUUAGGUUUCCCCAAAACUUGAGCAACAUAUAUCUUGAUUGUCAGAAAUGGUCUACUCUGGUAAAUUAUUAUUGUUUCUUAUUUUCUAGGAGUUUCCUAAUCACAUAACCUCUCAGAACUGAACCAAAACAGCAUUAUUCCCGGAGCACCUCUUUUUAAGGUAGAACUUUAGACUUCAUAGCACUGAAUUAACCUGCACUGAAAGCUGUUUACCUGCAGUUGUUCACUUUUGUUGAAAGUGACCAUGUCUCAAGUUCAAGUGCAAGUUCAGAACCCAUCUGCUGCUCUCUCAGGGAGCCAAAUACUGAACAAGAACCAGUCUCUUCUCUCCCAGCCUUUGAUGAGUAUUCCUUCUACUACUAGCUCUCUGCCCUCUGAAAAUGCAGGUAGACCUAUUCAAAACUCUGCUUUACCCUCUGCAUCUCUUACACCCACCAGUGCAGCUGCAGUUCCUUCUAGCAUGGCACACCCCAAAGAGAAAACCCCAAUGUGUCUUGUGAAUGAGUUAGCCCGUUUCAACAAGAUUCAGCCUGAGUAUAAGCUUUUGCGUGAGCAAGGUCCAGCUCACUGUAAGGUGUUUACAGUACAGCUAACACUUGGAGAUCAGCACUGGGAAGCUGAAGGAACUAGUAUUAAAAAAGCCCAGCACACAGCUGCUGCCAAAGCUUUGGAAGGAACAAAAUUUCCUAAACCCAUAGUCCGCCCUUUUCGUAGCGAAGGAAGGAAUCCAGAAAGCAUAACCCCUACUGUAGAACUAAAUGCACUGUGCAUGAAACUUGGAAAAAAACCAAUGUAUAAGCCUGUCGACCCUUACUCUCGGAUGCAGUCCACCUAUAACUACAACAUGAGAGGAGGUGCUUAUCCCCCAAGGUAUGUGUCUGUUUGUUUUAAAUACAGGUUGGCUACUCUCCAUGAGAAACCACCUGCUAUCGACUGGGCUUACUACAAGGCCAAUGUGGCGAAGGCUGGUUUGGUAGAUAACUUUGAGAAGAAGUUUAAUGCCCUGAAGGUUCCUGUGCCAGAGGAUAAAUAUACUGUUCAGGUGGAUGCUGAAGAAAAAGAAGAUGUGAAAAGGUGUACCGAGUUUUUGUCUCUCUCAAAGGCCAGGAUUGAGGAAUAUGAAAAAGAGCUGGAGAAGAUGAGGAACGGUCUUGUCCGUAACUCGCCCUUCCCUGUGGUUCCUGGGAGGUCGUGUGCUGAGCAGUGUGUCCUACCACUGGCAGGAAGUGUCUGUCACGCUUUCACUCAGUCUUUCCCUCUGAAACAGGUUGCCCGGGAGAGUGGCCCCCCCCAUAUGAAGAGCUUUGUGACCAAGGUGUCAGUUGGGGAGUUUGUUGGGGAAGGUGAAGGGAAGAGCAAGAAGAUUUCAAAGAAAAACGCUGCUAUCGCUGUCCUCGAGGAGCUAAAGAAGCUACCACCCCUGCCUACGGUCGAGCGAGUGAAGCCCAGAAUCAAAAAGAAAACAAAAUCCAUAGUCAGGCUACAGAGCAGCACAGACUGCGGCCAGGGGAUGAACCCGAUCAGCAGACUGGCCCAGAUCCAGCAGGCGAAAAAGGAGAAGGAGCCAGAGUACAUGCUCCUCACAGAGCGAGGCCUCCCGCGCCGCAGAGAGUUUGUGAUGCAGGUGAAGGUGGGAAACCAUACCGCAGAAGGAACAGGCACCAACAAGAAGGUGGCCAAACGCAACGCAGCUGAGAACAUGUUGGAGAUCCUUGGUUUCAAAGUCCCACAGGCUCAGCCCACCAAACCAGCCCUCAAAUCAGAGGAGAAGACACCAAUAAAAAAACCAGGGGAUGGAAGAAAAGUAACCUUUUUUGAACCUGGCUCUGGGGAUGAAAAUGGGACUAGCAAUAAAGAGGAUGAGUUUAGGAUGCCUUAUCUUAGUCAUCAGCAGCUGCCCGCGGGGAUUCUUCCCAUGGUGCCCGAGGUUGCCCAGGCCGUAGGAGUCAGUCAAGGACACCACACCAAAGAUUUCACCAGGGCAGCUCCGAAUCCGGCCAAGGCCACGGUAACUGCCAUGAUAGCCCGUGAGUUGUUGUAUGGGGGCACCUCGCCCACAGCCGAGACCAUUUUAAAGAAUAACAUCUCUUCAGGCCACGUACCCCAUGGACCUCUUACAAGACCCUCUGAGCAGCUGGACUAUCUUUCCAGAGUCCAGGGAUUCCAGGUUGAAUACAAAGACUUCCCCAAAAACAACAAGAACGAGUUUGUAUCUCUUAUCAAUUGCUCCUCUCAGCCACCUCUGAUCAGCCAUGGUAUUGGAAAGGAUGUGGAGUCCUGCCAUGACAUGGCUGCACUGAACAUCUUAAAGCUGCUCUCUGAGUUGGACCAACCGAGUACAGAGAUGCCAAGAACAGGAAAUGGACCAAUGUCUGUGUGUGGGAGGUGCUGAACCUUUUCUGGCCACGAACCGUUGUGAAACCCCGACGCGUAUACUGAAAAUACUGAACCUGCUUUGAGAAUUUGAAAGUUCUGAUACCUCCAGUGGGCCGAGCGACGUGCUGGGUAAAGAACCAGAGGCGGCAGUGGUGACGAAGACGGGAACACAAGGAGGCGGCCGUGGCUGCGCUCGCGGGUGCUGUUCUGUCCCCACAUACAGGCAGCUGCUGGGGGGCGCGGCGGGGCCUGCCAUGCGGCCCCGGACCCCUCGGUGCUUGUGUAUUGGGGCUGUGUGAAGGAAACCGGGAACAGAGCACGACCCUUUCUCAGUGGCUCACUCAAGCCCUUGGGACACACCCUGGACACCCACGCCGGGGAGCGGGGCCGUACACCAGCCCCAGGGCCGAAAGCACCAGAGAAAAUCACAUGCUUCCUACUCAGCGCCAGCUAACCAUUCUCGCGUGCUCCGGCCCCCGCCUCCGUGGCGCCCACUCUCUCCUCACCACUGCUUUCUCUCCCGAAAGAGAUUACAUAUUCUUAGUUUUAUUAUUUUCUUUUGACUGAAAUGACACUAUAUACAUUUUCAUCUGAGAGUUUCUCAGUUGUAUCUAGUUACAUAGCACAGUUUAGAAACUUGUCUGAGACUGACUUCAGUAAUCUAAUCAGCAAAGAUCAUAUCCAUGUGUAUGUGGUUAUACGUCUUGACUUUACUGGACUAACCCAGGACCAUUUCGGUGACGCAAACUGUGUGGCCUCCGGUUUAGCUGAAACGGUCCUGGGCUUCUCAGAGUCCUUGAUGAAGUCUCCCACGGUUGUAUAAACUGGACAGUUUAGGAAUUUUAAACUUCAAUGAUCAUUUGGUUCUUUUUCUAUUUUACUUUUGUUAAUGCAACAGGACUUAAACAAAUGAACUUUGAUCUUUGUUUUAAAGAUUAUUAAAAAAAAUCGUGUGUACAUACACCUGGCUCUUGAAGACACGUAGCUUUCACUACACUACAGGAUAUGGUCUCCAUGUAGUACACACCAACCCGCAGGGGGAUUUCCUUGAGUGCUUUGUACUGUUGAUUACAUCUCCAUGUAGGGCUGAAAAGAAUGACCCGUGUUUAUCUCUGAAACUGUGUUGCUUUUGAUGUUGUGUUUCUGGGCACAGAAGCGUGUGCAGUUUAAGGUCCUGCAUAUGGUCCAGAUGAAAAGCACCGUAGCCUUGCGAGUUAAGUACCGCUUCGAUUCAUUGUUUACGCUGGAAUUUUUUUCUCCCCAUGGAAUGUAAGUAAAACUUAGUGUUUGUCACCAAUAAAUGGUAAUACUAAAUUUUUUUUUGUUAAUUUAUUCUCAAAUGCCACUACUGCUAGGUUGGUCCCCUCCCAACCUGCCUCCUACCCUUUUUUUUAAGAAAGAAAAAAAAAAACACUUUGUAAUGCUUGUGACUUCUGUUUGGGCAAAAUUCUGAAGAUCUGAAAUAACUUUAUAUCAAACCAUUGAUCAAUAAACAGAUACUAAUGAA